GUGACGCGCGCUUGCUUUCGGAGGUGCAACCCCAGGAGGUGUCAAAGUACGUGGGGCGUCUUGGGUAGAGAUAGGCUCUCACAGUACAAACUUAUUAUAGUCUCGAUAUUGUAGAAAAGAGGUCUGGUACCUUGUAGGGACGCCGCCGUGGGGACGUCAGAUUCAGCUUCCAGCACUCCGUAGCGGUAUGCAAAGAAGCCUGUUUGUCCUGAUGUCUUCAGAGAGACAAUGGAUCAGUCUGGAAUUCUCCUCUGGGUAAAGGCAGAACCUUUUAUAGUGGGUGCCUUGCAGGAGCCACCUCCAUCCAAAUUGAGUCUUCACUACCUCAAGAAGAUAGCUGCCUAUGUGCGCACUCGGGCCACCGAACGUGCCUACCCACGCCUCUACUGGUCAACCUGGAGGCACAUUGCGUGUGGGAAGCUGCAGCUGGCUAAGGAUCUAGCAUGGCUUUACUUUGAAAUAUUUGAUAAUCUUUCUGAGAGGACACCUGAGGAACGCCUGGAAUGGUCUGAAAUUUUGUCCAACUGCACAACCAAAGAUGAAGUUGAAAAGCAAAGAAAUCAGCUUUCUGUGGACACGCUGCGAUUUCUGCUCUUCCUGUACAUCCAGCAGUUAAACAAGAUCUCGCUGCGGACAUCGUUGAUUGGGGAAGAAUGGCCCAGUCCCAGAAACAGACCGAAGUCUCCUAGCCCAGCCGAAAGGUCCAGUUGUCACAAUAAGAAUUGGAAUGACUACAAUCACCAGGCUUUUGUCUGUAAUCAUCUGUCAGAGCUCCUCGAGCUGCUUCUAGAUCCAGAACAGCUCACUGAGUCCUUCCACUCAACCCAGAGUAGUCUGCUCUCACGAGAAGCUGUCACGGCACUCAGCUUUCUCAUUGAAGGCACCGUGAGCAGAACCAAGAAGGUCUACCCCCUUCAUGAACUUGCACUGUGGCAACCACUGCACCCAGCAAAUGGCUUCUCAAAGAUCUCUAAGACUUUCUCUCUGUACAAGCUGGAAGCAUGGUUGAGGGCCUGUUUGACUACAAAUCCAUUUGGUCUAUCUGCUUGCCUCCAGUCUGGAAAGAAAUUGGCUUGGGCUCAUAAAGUUGAAGGUGCGACCAAAAGAGCUAAGAUUGUCUGCAAUGCUCACAUGGCCCCUCGGUCGCAUCGCAUCGUGGUUAUGAGCCAGGUUUGCAAUCAGACACUGGCCAAGAGCUCAGAAACUCUAGUAGGAGCACACGUCAGGGCUCAUCGCUGCAACGAGUCUUUCAUAUAUCUGCUCUCCCCCUUACGGUCCGUGACAAUUGAAAAGUGCAGGAAUAGUACCUUUGUGUUGGGUCCUGUGGAGACGGCUCUUCACCUACACGGCUGUGAGAAUCUGAAAGUCAUUGCUGUUUGCCGUCGACUGUCCGUGUCUUCUACAACAGGCUGCACCUUUCACAUUAUGACCCCUUCACGCCCACUUAUUCUCUCUGGAAACAAGACAGUAACUUUUGCCCCCUUUCAUACCCAUUACCCAAUGCUAGAGGACCACAUGGCCAGGACUGGCCUUGCUACAGUGCCUAACUAUUGGAAUGACCCGGUGGUUUUGGGCGGAGAAGGCACUGACACAAGGGUCUUCCAGCUCUUGCCUCCCUCUGAGUUCUAUGUAUUUGUCACUCCCUUUGAGAUGGAAGGGGACACAGCAGAGAUACCUGGGGGUCUCCCCCCUGCCUACCAGAAAGCACUGGCUCACAGAGAGCAGAGGAUACAUAACUGGCAGAAAACUGUGAAGGAGGCUCGUUUGACAAAGGAGCAGAGGAAGCAGUUCCAGGUCCUCGUGGAGAACAAGUUCUAUGAGUGGUUGGUUAGUACAGGACAUCGACAGCAGCUGGACAGCCUCGUCUCACCUCCAGCAGCCUCCAACCAAGUGGCCAAAAAGGACCUCACAUGGAGCCAUGGGGCUCUGGAGACGUGAGGAGGAACGGAGAAUGGUGUCUGCUCAAGCCUGUUGGAAAGGCAUCCUUGCUACCCACGAGAUCUCAAGCUUCUCUCUCUCCAAGAGCUUCUGCUGGUUCCUUUCUGUACUCACUUCUGACUUUCAUAAAAGCACCUUACUGUGGAAGGUCGGAAGGUCACGUGUUGUGCGGAAAUGGAACAGUGGGCAGGGCAGCUCUGUGUGUACGUUAGUGUCUCGGUGACCAAGUGCAGACUCACAGCCGACUUCAUAUUUUAGCUUGUACGAUGAAAGGGGUUUGUCCUAGCUAAAAACGCUAGCCAGGUGUGGUGGUACACGCCUGUAAUCCCGGGGCUCAGCAGGCAGAGGCAGGCAGAUCUCUUUGAGUUCCAGGCUAGCCUGGUCUACAUGGUGAGGACCUUGUGUCUCAAACACACACACAUACACACAUGCACACGUACAUGCACAUGCACAAGAAAGGAAGGAAAAGAAAUGAAAAAAUUGUUACAUGGUUCUUUGAAACUAAUUAGAAGGAAAUCGCUACUCUCUUUUUUAAAAAGAGUGACAGAAUGGUCUGUUGGCAUAUAACUAUAGCACAGGUAGUUUUAUAAAAUAGUAUUUUAGGCCUUAAAGUAUAAAACACAGGAAAUUGUAUAAUUUUUUUUUACUUUCUGCUUCAAAUUUCAAUAAACUCAAAAAAGUAAUUUUUCUUCUUUUGUUAAAAAGAUGUUUUACUUUUAACUUUAAUGAACGGUGUCUGUUGUUAUUCUGUGACUGUGCCAGACUUGGUUUAUGUGGCUGUAAAGCCCUGUCCUAUAAGACAGCGAGAGAGAGGAGCCCAGUCACUCUCGCAGGUCAUUUAACUACUAGUUAUCCUCACAGCGCAGCGCUCCUAGUUCUCAAGUAAAAUGAACUCCCUUCCUGCUUGUUAA